AUGGAAGAUUACGCUUCGUACGCACCAGUUCAAGGCAUGGGUUCUGGAGAUAACGGUUCGUUUGCGCCUCCUGAGGAUGCAGUUAAUGACGCUCGGGACGCAGAAAGGGAAAGUGAUGCUAGGAGGUUUGAUGGUGAACACGAAGUUACAAGGCGCUACGAUGAAGAUGGCGAAGACGACCGUCGUGAUCGCGAACGUAAGCGUGAUCGUCGUCGGUCUCGUAGCAGCGGUCGCGGACGCCGUCGUCGGUCCAGCAGUCGUUCACGUGAUAGGCAUCGCAGGCGUCACCGGUCUCGGGAACGUUCGGGUUCCUCAAGCCGCCGCAUUGUUUACAAAUAUUGGGAUGUCCCGCCUCCAGGCUUUGAGCAUAUGACUCCGCAGCAGUAUAAAGCACUUCAAGCGUCCGGUCAAAUACCUGUCAACGUUUACGCAGCCGGUCAGGUACCCAUGCCAGCCUCUACUCCAAAUGCACCACUCACUCUCAAUACUAAUAUUCCGUUUGCGGGAAGCGCAGUAUGUAGACAGGCUCGGCGUCUCUACGUAGGCAACAUCCCUUUCACCGCAACUGAAGAAAAUAUGAUGGAUUUUUUCAACAAGCAAAUGAAAGCUCAGAAUCUCGUUCAAGCCGAGGGAAAUCCAAUUAUUGCUGUCCAAAUCAACAUGGAGAAGAACUUUGCGUUUCUGGAAUUUCGUUCCGUGGAUGAGACUACGCAGGGAUUGGCCCUUGACGGUGUUGUAUUUAAUAAUCAAGCACUGAAACUACGCAGGCCGCGUGAUUACGCCCCGUUACCGGGUGUCAGCGAAACUCCAUCGAUUAUUGUUCCGGGGGUUGUGAGCACAGUCGUUCAAGAUUCCCCACACAAGAUCUUUGUAGGUGGUCUCCCAAAUUAUCUAAAUGAGGAUCAAGUAAAGGAGCUGCUUCUUACUUUUGGCCCACUGAGAGGGUUUAAUUUAGUCAAGGAUGGCUCAACUGGUCUCUCAAAAGGAUAUGCUUUCUGUGAGUAUGUUGAUCCGCAUGUAACCGAUCAUGCCUGUGCUGGGCUAAACGGAAUGCUACUGGGUGACAAGAAGCUUAUUGUUCAGCGUGCUAGCGUUGGUGCCAAGAACGCCGGCGGAGCCAUGCCUCCACCUCUUAUUCAAGUACCUGGUCUUAAUGACGCACUGGUACAAAACACCACGGGUUCUGGAAAUAUUAUUUUCCGUUCUGGUGGACCACCCACUGAAGUCUUAUGUCUCCUGAACAUGGUUGAUCCUGAAGAACUAGGUAAUGAUGAGGAGUAUGAGGACAUUGUGGAGGACGUGAGGACGGAAUGCAGCAAGUACGGAAUCGUUAGUAGUGUGGAGAUUCCUCGACCUAUUCCUGGAGUUGAAGUUCCGGGUGUUGGCAAAAUAUUCGUCCAGUUCGCGAGUCUUGUUGACUGUCAGAAGGCGGCUACAGCAUUAACAGGACGCAAGUUCGACAACCGCCUUGUGGUCACUUCAUUUUACGACCCUAACAAAUAUCACAGACGUGAAUUUUAA